AUGAACGAUAUCGUAACGAUUCAAGAAGCAACUGACGCGACUGCGAAGCAAUUUAAAUGUGAUAACUCACGUUUGGCGUCGCCGGAUGGAUAUCCAGAAGAUAAAUGGAGGAGGAUAGAGAAAUCCGAUCGUACUCCUGAGGAGAUCCUGCGGCAGGUGCAACGCGAAUUGUGUCUAAUCAAGUUAUGCUUGCCAACUGUAUCGAUAAUCACGGAGGAUCUCUAUGUGCAAUCACUUCCGGACAGUUAUCGUUGCGUCAAUGACAAAGAGCGACUGCUGUUGUGGUAUGCAGAAAAUUUUCGUCGGCAGUUCCACGCUAAGUACACAAAUCGCCGACCGUUACUUUUGGCCUGUGAGAACGAAUGCCGGGUACAAAAAUAUAUUUCAAGCAGUAUCAAUGAAAGUACGUUGCCGUUUCGGGAACUAGACUCGUGGCGUGGAUGCGUCAGAUUCAUUAGUGAUUGUAUCGCGUAUCAACCACUAGACAAUGCCUUUAUUCCGGUAAGUCAACAAACCUUUUAAGAUUUAA